AUUGUGAAAUAUGAAAAGUCAGUGAUACAAUUAUUUGAAAAUAUUGAAAAGUAGUUUGGUUUCUUAAGUAGAAUAAAACUUAAAAAUAAAAUUAAGCAACAAUGCCUAUACCCGCCACAUCAGCUUUGUGCAGCAUCUUCACGUUACUAAUUGCUGGUUCACCAAUAUUUUAUAGUCCCACACCGAGGGGAUUUUGUUCGAAUUGCUGCCAGAUAAAGGAGCGAGAUGAUGUCAAAUUUAUGCUGUACACAAGGAAAAAUCCAUUUAAGGCACAAAAUCUGUAUCUGAGCGAUGAUAAACGUUUGCGCAAAAGCAAUUUUAAUUUCAAUCAUCCUUUGGUCAUUUACUUGCAUGGCUUCUCCGAGUCGGCCACAAGCGAAAGGCAGAGCAGUCAGGAGAUUAAAGAUGCUUUUCUGAAAAACGGCACAUACAAUGUCAUACUCAUCGAUUGGAGUCCCUUGACGGCCGUGCCUUGGUACACAAAUUCCGUGGACAAUUUACCCAUUGCCGCCCGCUACAUGGCCCGCUUUAUAAGGUUUCUGGUGCAAAAAGGUUUCCCCGUAAAGGACAUCCAUUUGAUUGGUUUCAGUUUGGGUGCCGAGGUGGCGGGAUUUAUUGGCCAACAGCUGCAGGAAUGGUCCAUAUUAUUGCCACGCAUAACGGGUCUUGAUCCUGCCCUGCCUUUGUUCGAGGAUGGCAGUCCAAAUCGUCGUCUGGGACCCAACGAUGCCCUAUUCGUUGAUAUCAUACACACGGACGGUGGCAUUUUAGGCAAUCCUGAGGCUAUGGGUCAUGUUGAUUUCUACCCAAAUGGUGGCCAUGCUCUACAGCCGGGCUGUGCACGCCAGGAAAUUGCCAAUAAUCGCUGGUUGGGCAUUUUGAUAGGUUGUAGCCAUCAACGUGCCUGGGAAUAUUUUAUUGAAUCUGUCCAUUACCCAAUGGCAUUUCCAGCCAACAGAUGUGAGCCUUCGAAAUUGUUUGGCACUUGUCGUGAUGGUGGCAACGGCAAGGCGUUUAUGGGCAUGGGAGCUGAUAAGAGAUUACGUGGCAAAUUUUUCUUGGAUACCAAAGGAGAAUCGCCCUAUGGUCGCAGUAAUCCACUGGGCUCCAUCGGCCUAUAGACGAGCAUCAGCUGCAUUGACAUUGCUGCCAUUGCAAUGGGAAUUACAGCAACAGCAACAACUUCAGCAGCUGCAACAACAACACAAUUUGGUAAUACAACAAAAUGAUACAUUGUUAGAUGUUGUUGCACCUACCAAAACGCCAACAUCAUCGACGACAACGACGCGAGCACCCCCAACAGCUACAGCGAGGGGCAGAACGAGACGAGCCGCCGCGUUAUGGGUUGGAAAUAAAGUGCCAAAUGUCAGUGGCAGUAAAACUAAUCUAGAAACGUGACAACAUUUGUGCGAAUAAUAAAAUGGAACAGAAGAAGAUGAAGAAGACAAACAAACAAAACAACAAAGCACUGCUGAAGUUAACCUCCAUUCAAACACAUACACACAACUCUUCACACAUAUCCCCACUUCACUUUCAUUUAUGCAUUCCUAGUAGUCCUGAAUUUUUAAAAUUUACAUUUUUUAUUUUCACAUUCAAAUCUCAACGAAACCAAAAAAACAACAACCAAUGUGAGCUUAAAGUGCUAAAAGGGAUAACUUUAUUGUAUGUUUAUU